UCGGGGUGAUCGAUCAGAUAGUCGAUAAUUCCCUCUGCUGGGCCUGAUGCAUACCGUUCUGUAUCUCUUUCAAUUCUUCCUCACAUUUACACUUAUCUUUUGCUUCGAUGAUUUCGAAGAUGAGGAGGAAUAUUUGACGGCACUUCCAUCGUCAUCGCUAAGCCCCCAGGAAACGUGCGAUUUAUGUCAAGUGGCGCUUCGCACUGUGUUUGGCCAUUUUGGGGCCAACAUCCCGAGCAGGAGAAAACUGGUCCAUCAACUCAAGCACGAGUGCAAACGACACUUCAAUUACAGAAGACGUUGCCUCAUUCUGAUGAAGAUAAACUACAACAUGAUAUAUCAUGAGAUGACCGGCGGCUCUUUCAAACCUAUGCAAGCUUGUCUUGCAAUGAAGGAAUGUCAGCCGCAAGAUUCGCCUAUAUCGCCACAGUUCAGCGACCUGUCCAACCAACCCGAGGCGUUCGCUCUUACCGCGCUUUCUGAUGAUAAUUACGACUCUUCGGAUGACUAAUACUACUUUCGUAUAUUCAAAGACUAUUGUGAUAAUCAUCACCUCUAUGAUUCAGCUUUUUGCAUUCAACUGCUUGAGCCUCCGGUCAAUAUGUGUACCACUGUAACACGGGUGUACUGUCUUUAGAAUUUAUAAAUACAUCAAACGAAAG